GCGAGAGGAGGCGGUGCACCACAGAGCAUGUGUGUGUUUGAUGGGAGGUUACCGAGGAAGGAAGGAGAAGGGAGUGAACAUGUUGAAGGAGAAGCUGAGAAGCUCUCAGUAGCAGUCGUGGUGGUGGUGGUGGUGGUGGCGGUGCCUUGAAGCUCUUUCUCGGUGCUCAGUGACUCUGUUUUCUGGACUGCAGCGGAAAUGAACAAAAGCGAAGAAUUCAAGCUCCUCAAAAUCCAGACGGUGAUCCUCAAAGUGCACAUACAUUGUGACGGAUGCAAGCAGCAGGUGAAGAAGCUUCUUCAGAGAAUUGAAGGGGUUUACACUGUCAGCAUAGAUGCAGAGCAUCAGAAGGUCACGGUCUCAGGGGAUGUGGACUCCAAUACCCUGAUCAAGAAGCUGGCAAGAUCAGGGAAGCACGCGGAGGUGUGGCCUCAGAAGACCAACAACCAAAGCAGCAAGCCCAACCAGCAACAACAACAAGGAGGGAAAGAUGGGAACAAGAACAACAAAGGCCAAGGCCAGGGUGGCCAAGCCAACCAAGCCCUCAUACAAGGUCUUAGAGAAUUCAAGAACCAGCACAACCGCAUGGAGCCCUUGAGUUCGGAUGACGAAGAAUUCGAUGAUGAUUUUGAUGAGGAAGAAGAUGAUGAGCUUGGGUUUCUUGGUGAAAAGAUGAAGCAACUUAACAUAUCAAAACAGGCAAACAAUGCGGUGACCGCAGCAACAGCAGCUGGUGCCAAGAAAAAUGGCGGCAACAACAACAUCGGAGGAGGGAAGAAGGUCGGAGGAAAUCCUAAUCAAGCCAUUGGCUUGAAAGGUCCAAAUGGGUCAGAACCCAAAGGCUCGUAUACUGCAUCUGACAACAAGAUGGUCAAUGGUGCUCCCUUGUGUGGUGGUAAUCAAAGUGCAGUUGCAGGCCCCCCACCACCAGGACUCGGUGGGAGUCAUGGCUUGGGAUUACAUCAAGCUCAGCAACAGCCAGGGGCUACCUUCCCUGCAGGUUUCCCCGCAAAUGGUAAUGGUGGGUUUGGGGUGAGCCACCAGCAAUCACCUCUGAUGAUGAACCUACAGGGACAGGGGUAUCAGAACCAGACCCCAUCCACGAUGAUGAACUUGAGGGGGAUCAACCACAGCAGCAGCAACAACAUGCUGAUGAAUGAGAGCAGGUACAUGCAGCCCCAAGUGAUGUACAAUAGGUCACCUCAAAUCCCUCCCUACACUGCCUACUACUAUCCCUGCCCCUACUACCAGAGUCCCUAUGUGAGCCACCACCACUCGGACACUGGUCUCAGCGAUGAGAACACAAGUAGCUGCGUGGUAAUGUAAGAGACUACUAUUGUGUCUUAGAAUCAGUAGGGGUGUGAGGGAAUGUGAUCGAAGUCUGCAGCAUUUCCUGUGCAUUUGGCUUUUUCUGUUGGUAGAGUUUGGUCUGAAUGGCUUAAAUGUUAGGGGGGUGUUUGAUACUCAUGGCAGCCCCAGAAUAUUUACUUCAUGCAGUUAUUGAUGCAAUGCCAUCC